AUGUCGCCGAUAACAGUGAGACCACCCACCCUGGGCAGUCCCAUCCCCUUGCCCUAUCCGACUUUUGGCUCGAUAAUCGCAACUUCCGGCCCGUCAACAAACUACCCCAAAAUUGCAUACCGCACACCGCUGAAACAGCUCGUCAAUUUCCUCGAUAAUAAACAUGGUGCCGAUUGGUGUAUUUGGGAGUUUCGCGCCGAGGGCACAGGCUACCCCGAUUCGGAGGUAUAUGGGCGAAUCCACCACUUUCCAUUCCCGGACCACCAUCCGCCGCCUUUUGCGCUGAUUCCGAAAGUUGUGGCUAGUAUGCGGAACUGGUUGCAGCGGUUGGAUGGGUCUGAGGCGGAGGGGCAGGAGAACAAGAAGAAAGAUGAAAAGCAGAGGCAACGAAUUGCAGUCGUGCAUUGUAAGGCUGGUAAGGGACGUAGCGGGACAAUGGCCUGCUCGUACCUAAUUAGUCAGGAGGGGUGGAAGAUGGAGGAUGCGCUGCAGCGUUUCACGGAGCGCCGGAUGAGGGUCGGCUUUGGGUCUGGCGUCAGUAUACCCAGUCAGCUGCGGUGGGUGCGGUAUGUGAAUCGAUGGACGAACGAGAUGGGAAAGAGGUACGUGGAGCGGCCGGUUGAGAUCCUCGAGAUCCAUGUCCGGGGGUUGCGGGAUGGCGUCAAGGUUGCGGUCGAGGGAUACGUGGAGAAUGGGCAAAAGAUCAAGCAGUUCCAUAUGUUCCACAAGGAUGAGCGAACUUUCAUGUCGAGUGAUACUUCGCAGUCGCAGUCGCAGUUGCAGUUGUCCAAUAAUACCAGCGACGACGAAAACAAUGGCAACAGCAGCAGCAGCAACGACAACCUCAAGAAGCCCGGUCCCAUACAGAAACUCAAGGCAACCAAGACCUCUCACUCAAGCAUCCAAGGACAAGGGCAAGAACCCAUAUCCGCCACCGAAUCUGAUUCCUCCCUCUUCCCAUCUACCACGCCCGCCUCCACCUCAAGCCCUACAACACCCACAACAACAAAUACCUCUCAACCGCCUCAGAAACACACUCACGCCGUCCUCCUCAGACCCUCGUCACCCUUACUUCUACCUUCUCCUGACAUAAACAUCGACUUCGAGCGCCGCAGCAAAGCUGCCUCCUACACAGGGCUGGCAAUGGUCACCUCCAUCGCCCACGUGUGGUUUAACCCGUACUUCGAAGGUGGCGAUCAGUACGAUUCUGGCGUCUUCGAGAUUGAGUGGGACGCUAUGGACGGUAUAAAGGGCACGUCCAGAAAGGGAAUCAAGGCGCUUGAUCGGCUGAAGGUUGUUUGGCGGUAUGCGGAUGAUAGUACAACAGAAGUUAAGGAUGCGCACGCAAAGACGAGGCCCGUUUCCAGGGGUGUGGUGACGGAACCGAAGCCUGGUGAGCCGAUUCCGGAAACGGUAGUCAAGGAUUGGAGGUUGAAGGAUAAGAACAAAGGGGACGGGAACGAUACGGAAGAGGACAAGGUCGAUAGUAGCGCAGAUGAGGGAAGCGUUGGGAGCGUUGGAACUGCGCAGAAGAGGGAGAAUGUCCCUUUGCGAGAGGGAGACGAGGAAGAGAAGGAUGAUGAUGCGAAAGAAAAAGGCAAAAAUGACAGUGGUGAGUCGAAGUAG